CACUUCCGGCCGUCCUGGGCGGGGCCCCGGCAGGGCGCGCUCCCCUGAGCUGUCUUGGCUGUACUGCCGGCCACGUCCCCGCGCUGGGUCGCGGGCUCUUCCCCACGUCCGAGGGCCGCCGGGCCACCGCGGGCCUGCCGCGCCCGGGUUCAUCUGUUACUGGAGUGGAGCAUCUGCCUUUGUCUCACAUGUGCCACAAAGUAUGUGGUGGCCCUGGAGUGCUCCACCAGUCUACUUUCACCUGCAAAGCCAGACCUCGCCCGGUCACACAGUGCCAAGCCUGCAGCUCUCCAAGGAGGAAGAUGGCCCAGCUGGGAGCACACCCUGAGCAGCUGCCUGUGAUCCUUCGGCUGAGCAGAAGGGAACCAUUACCAGCCUGAGGAGCCGGCCAGCUGGGAGCCUCAGGGACCACCCAGCCUUACUCCCAGCUCAACCGCAAGAUGUGGACAGCCCUUGUGCUCGUUUGGAUUUCCUCCUCAUCCUUAUCUGAAAGCCAAGCUAAUGAUUCUAGCUACUUGUGGCAUAAAUUAGUCAAGAAAAACACAUCUGAGGAAACACUUGAUAAUAAAACAUCCGAGAAAAUGACCACGAUGGCAGUUUCUCCUGUCACGUUGACCAGAGGGACUUGGGUAGCUGAUCUCAAACGGACUUCUAUCAUAACAGAGGAAGUAGUCAGGACACAUGUGAGCUCUCCAACCACUGCCCGAGGUACAACUGGUGAUGCAGCCUCCAGAGCUCCCGUGAUGCCUGUUCCGUCUGCCCCCACAUUCCCACAGCAGACCCUGUCUGCUACCACUACUGGGCUCCCGUCUCUCAGCACACCCCUUGCACAAGUGCCAAGUAGCGCAUUGCCAAGAAUACCCACCCUGAUGACAUUGGCCACACAUGCUCAGACUGCUGCUGCGACCACAGCAAACCUGAACAGUUCCAUGAGCUCACGUGGUCCUUCCAAGCACACCCCCGAAAGCUCCACAGCAAGCCAUGCACCCCCCACCAGUCCCCAAGCACAAGGUCCUACCAUCCAGGUGACCACGCGCUGGCCUGUGAUUAACACAACAAGUAGGUCCACACCUGCCCUCUCCAACAUGACCACAGAGUCUGCCAACACCUCCUCCGUGGCUUUGGUGUCCUCCACAGUGGGGACCACCACCAAGGCACAAGCCAAGGAGCCAACUGUGCCAGUGCUUCACCCCAGUCCGACCCCUGGGGCAGAAGCCAUGCCCCCCACAACACAACCAAGCCCUUCUCCAUCUACACAGGGGACCAGUGGGCCAAGAUUGCCUCUGACACCUGAGCAGGUGGAGACCAAAGCCAGUCCUGGUACCAUGUCCACUAGGCCAACACCCAGGAGCUCAGGGGACCCGAAGAUGCCAGCCACAGACUCAUGCCAGCUUAGCACCCAGGGCCAGUACGUCCUGGUCACCACUGAGCCCCUGACCCAGUCCUUGGAGGACAAAUCUUCUCUCCUGGUGGUGCUCUUACUGGGGGUGACCCUCUUCAUCACAGUCUUGGUCUUGUUUGCCCUCCAAGCCUAUGAGAGCUAUAAGAAGAAGGACUACACGCAGGUGGACUAUUUAAUCAAUGGAAUGUACGCAGACUCAGAAAUGUGAGCAUGGCAGGCGGCUGGACGUGGGGCCCUUCCUCCUCCUCAUCCUUUACAUUUUGCCUCAGACCAAACCAAGUGCUUCCAGAUUCUUUUGGUGCAAUUUAGGAGAUAUGCCAGAUGCUUAAACACAUUUAAUUGCUGUCAGAUUAAUUCUAUGAUCACUAAAGAAUUGCUGCUUUUUGCAUA